UCGAGUGAGUGAGAUGGGGGCCCAGCUGUCAGCGUCACACGACCGAUGCUGCUCCCGCACCGGAGACCCAGCCACCGUCUUCUCCGGCAGCAGCCGUCCCCGCCCCCGCCCCCAUCCCAAACGCCGCCGCCGCCCCGUCGCCGCGUCCCUCCUGCGGAGGCUCCGCCACCACCUCGCCGCCGGGCCCCUCCCCUGGACCCGUCGGCCUACGCGGGCCUCCUCCGGGCCGCGUCGAGGGCGCGGUCGCUGCCGUUGGCCAGGCUGACCCACUCCCACAUGCUCCGCGCCGGCUUCCAUCCGGGCCUCUUCCUCCGCAACAACCUCCUCGCCGCCUACUGCCGCGGCGGCGACAUGCGGCACGCCCGCUUCCUGUUCGACGGAAUGCCGCGCCGGGACGCCGUGUCCUGGAACACCCUCAUCGCGGGCUACUCCAGCCAGGGCGGGUCCUCCGCGCGCCUCGCGCGCACCGCCUUCCGGGACGCGCGGGGCGGCGGCGUCCGGGCGGACAGGUUCACCUACGCCGCGGUCCUGGCGGCGUGCGGCAGGGCUGGGGACUGGAGGCACGGCCGGGCGGCGCACGGGCUGGCCGUGGUGAGUGGGCUUGCGCAGGACGCGUUCCUGACCAACUCCGUCAUUGACAUGUAUGCCAAGUGCGGGAUGAUUGAUGACGUGAGGCUGGUGUUCGACCGGGCUGAGGAGCGGGACGAGGCGUCUUGGAACCUGCUGCUGUCAGCGUACGUGUGCAUGGGGUGGCCGGAGGUGGCCGUGCACGUGCUCGUCUGGAUGCACCGGUCAGGGGUGAAGCUGGAUAGCUUUGCCUUGGGUGGGAUCCUCAAGGCUUGCUCCGAGCUCCAGGGCUCCGAGGAUGUCCGGAGGAUGCUGCAUGGCUGCGUGGUUAAGGUUGGUUUGGACUUGGAUAUGUUCGUCGGGAGUGCCAUGGUGGACAUGUAUGCCAAGAACGGUGGACUUGAGGAGGCGAUCAAGGUGUUUGACUGCACCCCGAAUCAGAAUGCAGUGGUUUACGGUGCCAUGAUCGCGGGCUUCGCUCGCUUAGGUAAUGACCCUUGCCCUGAGAUUAGAAUCGAAGCUGUCAGGCUUUUCUCAGACUUGCUCCGGAUGGGUGUAAAACUGUCCAGGUUUACUUUCAAGAGUGUGCUCGAAGUCUGCAAUUUGACCAAUGCGGUGCACUGUGGGAGGCUGAUACACGCUCAUGUUAUAUUCAAUGGGUUUCAGGACGAUGAGUUCAUAGCAAAUGCGCUGAUCAACUUGUACUCCCAAGCACGGUCAGUAAGUGACAGUCUGAGAUGCUUCCAGAUGACUCCCAGGCAAGAUGUCGUCACAUGGACAUCCAUGAUUACAGCAUUCGUGCAUGAUGAGAAUUUUGAGAAGGCACUAGGCCUGUUCCUAGAGUUUCUUUCUGUUGGAAAAGAGCCAGACCAGUUCACCUUAUCGAGUGUGAUGAAUGCUUGUGCUGCUCUGAGUCUACCAGCAACCUGUAAGCAGAUACACUGUUAUACGGUCAAAUCUGGACUCGCUCAGUUCACUGUGUGCGGCAAUUCUCAGAUUUCUAUGUAUAGGAAUAUAGGUGAUGUUGAGGCUUCAAAGAAGACAUUCGAGCUGAUUACAUGUCUGGAUAUAUUCUCAUGGUCUGCAAUGAUUUUGAGCUACGCAGUCCAUGGCCAUGAAGGCGAGGCUCUAGUGCUCCUGGAGAAGAUGAAGGAUUGUGGUGUCGUGAUAAAUGAUAAUGCUUUGCUUGCCGUUCUCAUUGCUUGCAGCCAGCAGGGGCUGGCAGAGGAAGGUUUCAGGCACUAUGAGAGCAUGCUAUCAGAUUAUGGCUGUUCCCCAAAUACGAAGCACAAAGCUUGCGUAGUUGACCUCCUUGGCCGUGUUGGUAAGAUAUCUGAGGCUGAAGAUUUCAUAAUGGGGUCUGGAUCAGAAAAUGACCCAAUACUUUGGCAUGCACUGUUGCGUGCAUGCAGAAUCCAUGGGGACAAAGAGAGGGGUAUAAAAACCGGAGAGAAAUUAAUGGAACUCGAGCCCUUCGCUGUUACUUCAUAUGUGGUGCUGUACAACCUCUACAUGGGUGCCGGCAAAAUCUCAUUGGCUAUGAAGACGAGAGGCCUGAUGAGAGAGCGAGGCAUGAGUAAGGAAGCCGGGAUUAGUUGGGCCGAGUUUGGGGGAUCCAUCCAUCAUUUUACUGAUGGAAAUAACUCCUGCCCACACAAUAAUGCAGUUCAUGCCAGAUUAGAAGAAUUGCUGGUCAGUGUGAAACAGAAGACUGAGCGUGGUGGAACGGACAUUUGGGAAUUAGGAUUCCAGAGCAGAAAGGAUGGCGAGACCUCACUCGCCAGACAUGGUGAACUGCUGGCGGUGGCUCUUGGGCUGUCCAGUUUGCCAUCUGCUGCUCCUGUAACAAUUAUGAAGAACCAGAGGAUAUCCUGGGAAAGCCAUGAAACACUGAAGUUGCUAUCAGCAAGGGAAAACAGGGGAAUAAUUGUCAGAGAUCCGACUCAUUUUCAUCGUUUUGAUCAAGGUUCGUGCUCUUGCAGAGACUACUGGUAGACAUAGGUGAUAUAUUGGGAGUACAAACCUUAGAAGGGUCAGCGGAACAGUUUGGCCAUUCUUGCAGCUGAGGUUGAAACUGGUGUCUGGCAGUUGGGAUCAGAGGAAUGAGAGGAUUACAGUAAAGGGUACAGUGGCAUUCCACUGAACAGAAGCUGUGUCAUUCCACUGAACAGAAGCUGUGAACAUGUAGCAUACGAUUAUGCUUGAUGAUGUCCAACUCCAGCCACGCAUCACUUUGCGAUUAAGCGUCACACGUCUCGAGCUGUUCCAUCUCUGCUGAAACCGUGGGAUUGCUGGAGAUGUCAAGGUAGAGCUGCUUCCCUGCAUCUCAGCUAGAACUGUGGCUUAAUCGUAUAUACUUGGGGCAUUUUUGUGAGCAAAAUGUGCUGACCUGAACAACCGGCAGCUGCUGUUUUUGCGCCAUGGUCGAAUCUGAGGCCCAUCUGCAGCACGUACGCUGCAGUCACACUGCUGUAGAAGCUGUGGUCAGAAGUGUUAAUAUUGAGAAGUUCCUGAUGGGAAGAAAAGCUCAUUGCGAAACGAAUGAGGUGCUACACUCUCACCAAGAUGAAAGAAUUCGCUGGGAUUUUUUUUUUUUUGCAGUCUGACGUAGGUUACAGGUAUAGUUGCAAACACAUGCUACGUUUAUGCAAGUAACUUAUGAUAUUCUUACAUAGCUUUUGAUCUGAAAUUGCAUUUAUAUACCCUUGUGCUCAAUCACAGAAAUUCUAAUAAUAAAAUCCAUGGUGUACAUUCGUGUUUUAGAUACAAAAAUGCAGGAGGUUGCACUGAUUCAAAACACAUCAUUCUCUUCAGACUUAAUAAACAAAAGUCAUACAUAAUAAAAACUUAAAAAGAUAAUAAUCUCCUUAGGUCAGAACUAUUUGGCCUCUCACCUUUUAGGGUGAAGGAGGUGUUUCUUGACUCUGCCGACAACUGUUAAAACCUUUUUUUUUUGCGAGAAGACAACUGUUAAAACCCUGGAAUUUAUAACACACAGAAGAUUAUACUAAAAGACUAGUAGGUAAUUUUUUUUGCACCUAUAAUACACAUGGCACCCCCACUAGAUCCUCCCCUGCCGCCACCACAAUCGUCGUCGUCGUAGGAAACAAGGCCGACCCACCCACUCAUAGCAUACCUGGUGACCAUGACUAUUGCCAGUGCUUCGCCUGGCUUAGAUCAGCCAAUGCACCAGCAGUCACCUCGCUCUCACCAAGCUGAAUAACUCGGUAAGAAUUAUUUUGCACAAGCUGACAUAGGUUAGCAGGUAUAGUUACAAACACAUGGUACGUUUAUGCAAAGCACCUAAUGAUAUCUUUAUACAGGCUUUUGCAGCUGGGAAAAUGUAUGUAGCUAGGACUGAAAUUGCAAUUAUUUAUCCUUAUGCUCAGUCACAGAAAUCCUAUUCAACUCUGAAAUAC